GCAACCUGUGCUCUUGACAAGCGGGACAUAAUCUGGGCAGCUGGAGGAAGCUUGACGCAGGGCCCCCUCUCACAGCCUCCAGACAAACACACGCCUGGCCUGGGUGCUUCUGGAGGUCCUGGUGGGGUGCUGGUCGGUCGUGUGUGCUGGGAGCUCAUGAAGAAGACUGCGCCAUCUGAGAAAACCUGGGUCUGCUGGAGGGCCUGAAGACUGCGAGAGAGGUUGAGCGUGGUCGAGAGAGAGAGAGCGAGAGAGGUUGACGGUGCUGCUGUUUGGUGUCUGGUUGUCUGAUCCGGUCCAGGAUGCAUCCCAUGUGGAAGGUGUACAGGAGCAAGGUCAUGCAGACCCUGAACCCUGACCUUGAGGACGACGCAGCAGAGGAGGUGCAGGAGGUGGACGCUGAAGUCAGCCCAGUGCAGGAGGAUGAGGGGCCCAGCGCGGUCACACAGCUGGCUAAGAAGGUGCAUGUUGCCGGGGCGCGGGGCUGGAACAGGAUGUCUGCUCUGUUCAGUAAGGAGGAUGAGCACCAGCUGCUGGAGGAGACAGAGAGCCCAGCUGGAGCUGACCACCCACUGGCCGUCCAGCCAGAGGACCCCCAACCUGCCCGGCGCUCAGGAUUCUGGGAUAGCUUUGCCACCAAGUGGCAACAGAAGCAAGCAGCAGCGGCAGCAGCUGGGGGAGGGGGAGGGGGCGAUGACACAGCCUUCAAGUGGAACUUUGUCACCAGCAAACUGGCAGAGCUCAAGACCAAGAGCAUGACCAAGACCACCUAG